AAAAAGUGAGAUGAUAAGCAUCCUCAACAGACAACUCCGUCUGUUACGGGACGUUACUUGUUUCUUGGAUCGCUAGUGCGCUAAAAAAAGACUUUCGAAGACUCUGUGAUAUUUUGUAAUUAACAAAUACAUGCCUUUUUAACAUAAUGGGGUGCCAACAUUCCAAACUUAAGCAUAGAGUGUCGAUCGUGGAUACCGCGAAUCAGGACAAUGAAGAAAAAGUGAACGAUGCUGUGAUAAUCGGAAGACAUGACGAGGAAAUGAUAAAUACGAUCAGGAGGGAUUUGAACGAGACUCCUGAAAUGUUUGUGUUGAAUAAUGUUAUUAUGUGCACGAUGUUUUUGAAAAAUUAUCAAGAAGAUAUCUAUCAAGUCCUUAAACAAAUGGACAAUGCACCAAAUAAAUUUUGGGAACCAGACAUAGUCAUGGAAAAAGCCAACAGGAACGUAAUUUACCGGCCAAUGCACGGUUCAAAUAAAGACAUAGCAUCGCCAUUGACAACAAGAAGAAUUUACGUCCCUAUGAACGACUAUAUUGAAGUUUUCAAUCCGUUGGAUGAUGAAGAUGCUGCUGCUGAUGAUGAUGACGAAAAAGAGCAUAUCAGCAAAUAUCAUGUAAAAGUUGAAGAAAGUAAAAGACCGGGUUACGUAAAGUUACGCCGCAUUAACGCAGAAAGAAAUAAUGAUAAAAAUUCUCUAAAAGACAUGUUGGUAGUGCCCUCAUCUAAUGCAUCCAGUAGUAGUGACACGGAGUCAACAAUUACGUCUUCUGGAUCACCCAUCCAGGAUAAUUUCCAAUUAAUCAAAGACCAAACUGAUGAGGGAGUUUCUUUGGACGAUUGCUUUGUUUUCAGAAAAGUGAAAAAACCAGACAUUGACAUUGAGUUAGAAGAGUUGGAUCACGAACACCUGACCGAAGAUGACAUCUAUGAUAUUGUUUCCUAUCUGCCUUCAAAAAAAUUCAUGAAAUAUUUCAGUAAAAUAUUUAAAGAAUCCAUGGCCAAAAAAAUUGGACUUAUCCAGUAUGAAAUCGAUCAUGCAGCAGUAGACGAUCGAAUUCCUGGAAAAAUAUUUUGCAAUCUUAGAGAUGAAAAUGGCAACUCUUAUCCAGUUGAGGUUGUGCCCUGUUUAAAAACUGCUUGGCCUAAAAAACAAACUUAUAAUUUAUUAGAAGGUAAACCUAAUCAUAAUAUGGAAAGCGACUGGACAGGCUUCGACUUUCAAUGGCCCACCCAUGAGAUGCUGGAUGAAAUGAAAACUUUCGAAUGUGCCUUGGUUCCGAAAGGAUAUGCAAGAAAUAAUGGAACAGUUCCUGAAGAUGAUCUGGAAUGGGAAAUUCAUUUUCCUUUAGCAGAAAACUAUUUAGAAAUGCUACUUCGUCCAGAACAGAUAAAAUGCUUUUUACUACUUCUAUCAAUCUACAAAGAAUAUUUGGAACCUAAAACUAAGGUUCAUGGUAUAGUUCCCGAACAUUUGCUCAACAUGAUGUUUUGGGAAGCAGAAAAGAAUUACGACGAUUGGCCGACUCAUCGACUAGGUUUCCGGUUAAUUAACGUUAUAGAAAAUUUUUCCAAUAGGCUUACAGAAAGAGUUUUACGUGACUUUUUCAUAAGAAAAAGAAACGUUUUAAAAAACGUACCCACAAAGUGUAUAGUGUACGCCGGCGAGGAAUUUUUCAGAAUUAAAGAAUCUCCCCUAAUUAAAAUUUUAAGAGCUAUGCGAAACGUACGAUACACCAGCGGUACAUUUUAUCCGCCACUGGACUACAAGGAGCUAUUGAAUAUAUUAUACAAGACAGACUGGGAUGUAAAUCCAUAUUUGAGCAAUACAAAUCUCAAGUCUGACGGUAUAUCUAUAUCGACAUCUGGUAAAAAGCCAAAAUUUAUGGACGCAGAAAAACAGUUACAGCACGUAAAGCUAAUGCAGAUGAGGAAGAAAGCUCAGAAGAAGAAAAAUAUAGAAAUUGAUAGGAAAAAAUCAGAAGUAAUCAGUUAUAAUAGUACGAAAGAGAGGAGAGACUCUGUGGAUAGCUUAGACGAUCAAUGGGAAUGCGAGAAACGUUUCGAUCUACCCAAAAAGAUAGCCCUCCUCAAAUUCUUCAUCAACAAUUUUAUCGAAAUAGCCCAAACCAGUAUGAGGAUAAGCACCAAAAAACAAACCCUUUUUUACCUAAAGCAAGCCUGGUACCUCACCAAAAUCCUAGAAGAAGAGAACAAACUAUUUGCCGCAGACGUUGCGGGAUAUUUUGACGUAAUAAAAAAACAAGAAGACAAAGUGAUAACAGCGAUGCAGGUUAAUCUGAGUACCUAUGGAAAAUUGGAAGUUUUCAAUAUUGAUACUAACAAUAACAAGAAUGAAGAAUUAGAUGAUGAUUUAGAUGAUCUGGACGAGUUGCCAAAAACAACUCUUAGUAAACAAGCAAUUAUUGAUCAUUUGAUGCAUGAAGCUGACAUUCAUCAACAAAUCAGGCAUAUGAAAAUAAAUUUGAAAUCUUUAAGCAAAUCGUUUAGUAGUAGUUAUAAUAAGCAAGUAACUUUUGAAACUUCAAGAUAAACUGGAUUUCAAUUUAGGUAAAUUCUUUUGAACUAAGUCGUACAUACUGUGAUAUAUUAUACAUUUUUGCCUUUAUAAUGUAUCUAUAUUCACAAAAGAUGUUUUUUUUUUUUUUUAAUUUAGUUUGCUUGUGUUACAGUUAUCAAUUUUACUGCUUCAUACUUAUAGUCUGUAUGGAGAAUAAUGUAAAAGAUGGGGCUGUUUAAAAAUUAUUUUUAAUUGUGAAUAUUUGCCCUGAAGGCAGAAACCUAGACUUUAAUACUCAAGAAUUAGAUCAAAUUUUUUAUUUGGCUACUUUAGAUGUUAUUUAAUCCAAAUCGAUUUAUAAAAAUGGAUGUCGUCAAAUGAUUGAAACAUAAAUAGUUUUCAAUAACAAUAUCAUUUUCAACGAGAUUUUCAAUUGAAAAUUAUUAUGAUGAAGUAUGACAGGAUUAAUAAGAGGCACUCAAAAAACAUGUCCCAAGCAUGUUUACCUAAAAUAAAUUUCUAGAAAGUGAGAAGAGUUUUGUUUAUUUUUUUGCACAUUCUGUGUUGACUAGGAAAGUUUUUAAUUGCACGUAAAUUGAAAUUUAGAAUCUAGUUUAAAAGUUAUUUAAUAGAAACAAUAUGAAACUGUGAUUAUAACGUCUAUGUAUUUUGUAAUAAAACCAUUUGGAAUCUGAA